UCUAUUCUCCUACCCUAUCCUCACCUCACUUUCUCUCACUAGAUGGCCAAAAUCAAACCAGUCAAACGCAACUUAGACUCCUACACCAUCAGAGGCACCAACACAGUCGUCAAACCUGGAGAUUAUGUGUUGUUGCGAUCACCGGAGAGCGAUACUACUCCUUAUGUGGCUCAGAUGAAGAAGAUCCAGAUAGACAAUGAAAAUAACGUGACAGUUUGCCUAAGGUGGUAUUACCGGCCGGAGGAUUCCAUCGGAGGUCGUAAACUGUUCCAUGGUGCGAAAGAACUGUUCUUGUCCGACCACUACGACUUUCAGAAUGCUUUAACGAUUCAAGGCAAGUGUAUGGUUCAUUCUUUGAAGAAUUACACCAACUUAGAGAAAAUUGAAGCUGAGGAUUACUAUUGUCGAUAUGAAUACAAAGCUGCAACCGGUGUUUUUGUACCUAGUCGCGUUAGAGUGUAUUGUAAAUGCAAAUUGCCCGAAAACCCUGACCUUUUGAUGGUGGAGUGUGAGGAAUGCAAAAACUGGUAA